AUGACAAGGACAAGCCUUUUAGGUUUUGCAUUCCAGUCUUUGGUCAAAUUAACUGACGACACGGUUGCUCGAGGUAAGGAAUAUCUUAUGAACUGGCGACUAUCGUCAUCAUUGUCGUCGUUACCAAGCUCUAAGUUACAUGUGACUACGGACGGUGAUAACACUCGUGGUGCUGCAACGGACAUAAUUGAUUCUGCCGUGGCAAGGAACGUUAUCGAUUUGAAUGGGCAAAAAUAUUCCAAAGAGGGGACGAAGGCGGCACAUGGUACUUGUUGCUAUGAUGAAUUAUUCUGCUUCCCACGUUUCGAUGUACUGCAGAGCAGCCCUUCGGAUCACCAUUACCUUGACAUCGCGGACCAGGGCAGUAGUCAUGUCAAGAGUUGGGCGAAAACAGUGCAGAAGGAAUGGAAAAUUCUAGAGAACGACUUACCAGAAACCAUUUACAUGCGGGUGUUCGAGGACCGCAUGGACCUACUCCGGGUGGUGAUGGUGGGUGCGAGUGGGGCACCGUACCAUCACGGGCUCUUCUUUUUCGACUUGCAGCUGCCUCCAUCAUACCCAGCUGCGCCACCGCAAGUGUACCACCACUCCUUCGGCCUACGCCUCAAUCCCAACCUCUAUGAGUCCGGUACCGUGUGUCUUAGCCUGCUAGGCACAUUUGGGGGCGAGGGCAGUGAGGUCUGGUCGCCGUCGACAUCAAGCAUCCUCCAAGUCGUUGUCUCCAUCCAGGGCCUCGUCCUCAACGACCAACCAUACUACAACGAGGCUGGAUAUGAGACUCUGGUUGGCAAACCAGAGGGCCGCCGCAAUGCCUUGACCUAUAGCAAGAAUGCUUCAUGCUCCACCUUUUACGCCACCUCAGGGAUUUCAAGAAUUUGUAAAGGAUCACUUCCGCCAUCGGGGGAGGGAUGCGGUGUCUGCAGUGCCCGUGCCACUGAAGCGGGAGGGGAACAUCCAUGUUCGGCGGGGUUAAGGCUUGCACUCGCCAACAUGGUGCCGAGCCUCGUGGCAGCCUUCAUGGAGAUCGGCGCCGAGGGGUGUGAAGAGUUCCAGGAGUUGCGAGUCCCAUUACCAUGUGCUCGCGGCACCACUCACUAGACAGAUGAGAAUGUGAUGCUGGUGAUUUAGUCUCUUAAUCUUGUAGUUACUCACCUUUAGUUCCAUAACAGUUAUGAUUUUUUUUUCCUUUUUGAUUACAAAGGGGUUCAUCA